UUAACAAAAAUAACAAGUAGAUAAUCCAAAAGAUAUUGAUCAAAAACCGUUGUGGCUCAAAUUCUUACACGAGGAAUAAACAACACGACGCAUCAUCGACUCAUCGUCUUCAAUUUCUUCAUGUUCCCUCAAUUUUAUAGACACUCAAAAAUACUAAAAAUAAAAUAAAAAUUGGAGCUUGGUUUGGUAUUGCAGAGCAUCAAUGGAGGUUUUCAGAGCCACAAAUCCUUUGUCUUGGACUACAUCAAUCUCUAAGCCCCCUUCUUUUCACAUUUCCUCUAAUUCCCAGGGUUUCGAGACCAGAAAGUUAAGUUUAUGGUGUCUCAGCAAAGAAAAUGGGUCUGACCCAUCUUCCAAGGGCAAUCAGAUGGUUGUAUCAAUAACAGGGGCUACUGGUUUUAUUGGCAGGCGAUUGGUUCAAAGAUUACAAGAAGAUAAACAUCAAGUUCGUGUCUUAACGCGAUCCAAAUCUAAAGCUCAGCAAAUAUUUCCCGUCAACAAGUUCCCAGGAAUUGUGGUUGCAGAGGAACCACAGUGGAAAGAGAGUAUUCGAGAUUCAAAUGCUGUUGUAAAUCUGGCUGGUACUCCUAUCAGUACAAGGUGGUCAUCAGAGAUCAAGAAUGAUAUCAAGGAAAGCAGAAUAAGGGUCACUUCUAAGGUUGUAGAGCUAAUAAAUGACUUGCAACCUGAUAGCAGGCCUUCUGUUCUGGUCAGUGCAACAGCAGUUGGUUAUUAUGGCACAAGUGAGACGCAAAUAUUUGAUGAGAAAAGUCCAUCGGGAAAUGAUUACUUGGCUCAGGUUUGUAGAGAAUGGGAGGCCUCGGCACUGAAAGUCAACAAGGAUGUAAGGCUAGUACGUAUUCGCAUUGGGGUGGUUCUAGGAAAGGAUGGCGGUGCUCUAGCCAAGAUGAUCCCCCUUUUCAUGAUGUUUGCUGGUGGACCUAUAGGGACUGGAAAACAAUGGUUUUCCUGGAUCCAUUUGGAUGACAUUGUAAAUCUGAUUUACGAAGCUCUAGUAAAUUCGAGUUAUGAAGGUGUUAUCAAUGGAACUGCUCCAAACCCUGUUAGACUAGGAGAGAUGUGCCAACAUCUUGGAAAUGCCUUAGGCCGACCCUCAUGGCUCCCAGUACCAGACUUCGCACUCAAGGCAGUUCUUGGAGAAGGAGCUACCGUAGUUUUGGAAGGGCAGAAGGUUCUUCCUACAAGAGCCAAGGAAUUAGGUUUCUCUUUCAAGUAUGCCUACAUAAAGGAUGCCCUGAAAGCUGUCUUAUCAUCGUAAAGUGCAAAAAAUUGCUUGAGAAACUGGUCAUCAUUCUUUAAAAUAUUUUUUGGGCAAACAUGCUAGAACCAUGAAGAUCUCUGUUUCAAUUGUGUAGUAGACAGAGAACUGGGUGUCUGUUUUGUUUCUCGCCUUGUUGUAGAUUAAUGAAUACUUAUACGAUGGCUACGUGAUGUCUCCGACAGUCCGAUCAGAGUUUGUGAAAAAUGCGCAUUUAAGGUAAACUUCUUUUGUUAGUGAACUGAGAAAGCUAAAUUGCAUUUUGCUCCUCAGUAAUAGGAACUUUACCAAUUUCUGCAUAAUAUUCACAAUUCUUACUAUAUACAACUACAAAUGUUUCUCAUA